CUUGCCCAGUCUUCGAUCCUAAACUUACAAGCCCGCGCUCGACAACAUCCUCAAGGCUCAAAAAUGGUCCGCUACGCCGCCGCCGCUCUCGCCACCAAUCCCGAAAAAACCGCCCGUGCUCGGGGCGAGUACCUCCGCACGCACUUCAAGAACAUGAGGGAAGUUGCUGCAGCCCUCACAGGCUUGAAGCUUACCAAGGCCUAUACCUACCUAUCUGAUGUCUCGGACCACAAACAAGUCAUCCCUUUCCGUCGGUUCGCUGGUGGUGUCGGACGGGCUAGCCAAGCCAAGCAAUUCAAGGCAACCCAGGGUCGUUGGCCCGAGAAAUCCGUCAAGUUCAUCACUCGCCUCCUCAAAAACGCAGAGUCGAAUGCAGACGCAAAGAGCCUAGAGCUCGAGGACCUUUACAUCAAGAACAUUGGCGUCCAGCAAGCACCCAAAACUCGCCGCCGCACAUACCGUGCACACGGUCGUAUCAACCCUUACCAGGGCCACCCAUGCCACGUCGAGAUCAUUCUUGGAGUUUCGGGUGAGGAAGUCGAGCGGAGCAAGGACAAGGACGCUGUGUCAUCCUUGUCAUCGUUGAACAGGAGACAGGUUGCCAGAAGGAGAAUCGAGGCUGCACGCGCUUGAUGUCAUUCUCUCACAUAUUUGACACGGCUGGUGAUGCGACGAUAUGCGACAGCACAAGGGCCAUGUUUUGUAUGCACCUAUGCAUAUGUUAUGACACUACACAAUCUCAUCCGAAUCGCAUUCAAAGCUAAUAUAUUGAGCAAGAUAACGAGUGUUUGCGAGCAACUACAGCGCGAUAACAGG